AUGGUAACAGAAUCACGUUUCAAAAAGAUCACCGCUCGUUUGUUGUGCAGACUGUCCAAACACAGAGCUCGAACGUGUUUUUGGCAAGACGAUCACUCAUUUUACUACACAGCGGAGGUUGGUGUCAAAAGAACACUGAUCCAGCCUUCUGGACCACGUGUAGAGCUUAAAGGGUGCCUGAUCGCAGAAGAUAAAAUAGAUCAAAAUAUGGCUCAGAAGUUGACGCUAUUAUUGUCAGCGCAUGUAAAUGCCAUUUACUUCUAUAAAUAUUACUCAAUAUAUAAUCCUAAUAUUGUAUGGUUAAAAAUAUAUGGCUCUAUAAGAGAUACAGAAGCAGCUCACAAUGUCAUCUGUCAUAAUCUCAGCAAUAUGAUACACACAACAAGCCCAGAGAUCUUUGAUAAGGAGUAUGAACUGUUUACUUUGGAGUUUAAAGUAUACGAACUGUUUACGAAGUAUUUUACAAAGAUUUAG